AUGGCUCCACGAAAGAAGGUGAGCUAACAAUUAUUCGAAAAAAAGGCAUUUAAAAAAGUACACUCAGAAGUCCCGCCUUACAACAAAAAAAGCGAAACAAUCGGCAGUGGACAACACGUUCUACGAAGUUGAAGGCAUUCUGGGAUGCGUGAGUGGAUUGAGUGCAUUGUUCUAAAUGGUUUUUUUUAAUUUUCAGAGACCGCUCAACAAUCAACUCUUGUACAAAGUGGCAUGGCUGGGUUUUUCGGAGGCAGACGACACGGAAGAGGCGGAGAAUCGGUUGAAUUGCGACAAAGAGCUCGUAAUUUUCGCGAAGAAAUUGAUUGAUUCAGACACGUACAUUGAUACCAUCGAUGACGAUUUGCUACUUGUACCCGACGCGAAAUACUCUAACAUUUUGCGUAACACAGUCCGACAAAAAAAGAAAAAUGUAUCGUUUUUUGUUUCAGUGCGAAUCGAUCCGCUUUCGAUUUCAAUUCAAACCACUAUUCACACUGGAACUGUCAAAUUCGCGUGUAAAGACACUGUCAACAGCAAGAGAAUGCUUUUGGAGGUGAGAAAUAGAAAACAAACCUUGUGAAAUUAGAACUUUCAGUACGUCCGCGAGUGCAACCAGCAGUACCAGCUGCACUCGUUCCACGUCCCCGCACAGAAAGUGAUUGACAAGAGCUUUCAGCGAUACUCGGAAGAGCUCAGAUAUCUUUUCGAUAUUUUCGACACGUAUCCGUUCGUCCAAGUCAAAAUGCCGUACGAAUUGGAAAAUACAUUUUAUGCACCGCCCCCACUCCCGAAACUUCUUCUUGAGCCGUAUCUGCCCGGACAGGGCGAUGCGAGUCCGCACCUCUUUCCACCGAAAUCAUUCGAUUUGGGAUUCAAUAACGUCAGUUCUCUAUAAUUGUUUUCAUAAUUUUUACUGAAAUUCCCUUCAGGUCACUCCAUUCAUUGACAGAUGUUUCUUUGAAACCGAUGCGAACGGACAGUACCCGAGAUAUUAUGCACAGCAAAAGAAACGAAAAGUUCCCGAGGAGUAAACGAGCGGUCGAAACAUGACUAAAAUUCCUUUUUCUAAUUUUUCAGAAGGUUCGGAGCGAACUUUGAGUUGCGACAGGAAUCGCCACGUGGAUGGAUUCUGAGAGGAGCUCACAUUAUUGACGAAGAAACUCCGUUGAUGCAAAUGGCCGGCGUGGUAGAUUCUGAAAUAAUACUAUUCCAGCAAAUCCAUUCAUUCAGAUUGUCCCAGUUGAAGAGGCUCACAGAGCGCUGCUGCGAUACGGAGAGCGAGUCGCUUUCAGCUCUUUCAUCAACAUUCCGGGAACCGAUUAUGCUCUGGACAGAAGAGAAUUUCAUGACUUCUCAAAGUACAUUCCGCAUAGCGUAUGCUCAAUUUGAAAAUUCAAAAAAAAGUAUGUUCGAUUUCAGUGUAACCCAACGUGUGCCGUCCGUCUCGUCGCAUCGGGCACCACAAUCCCCGACUUGGUUGUCUACGCGCUCGUUGAAAUUGACGAGGAGACCGACUUUGAGAUCAGUCUCGACUACUACAGAGGGUUCAAGGGCUCGUGAAACGUUUCUUCGAAAGAAAAGGCUGUUCGGGUGAGUCAAAGUCGAACUUUGAAUACAAUUCCGGCAAUUACAGACGGAAAGAUCUUCAAAUUGUACGAAAAAAACAUUGAUUUCGUGCAAUGUCUCUGCAAUCACUCGCACUGCCGUCAGGUGCUCUACGUGGACCAAUCGCUCGAUCGAGAGGACAAAACCAAAACGAAAAAAGAAACGCUGAAAAAUGUAUGAUGAUCUGAAACGGCUACCCGCAUCAUGUUCAAGCAUUUUUCAGUUGGAUCCCAAAUUCAAAUUCCACGGAAUGCAGCUGGUCGAAUCGACUCAAAUACAUACCAUCUCGGACUACGAAUUCGAUUGA